AUGGGCAGCAAGGAAGAUGCAGGCAAGGGGUGUCCGGCGGCCGGUGGCGUCUCCAGCUUCACCAUCCAGUCCAUUCUGGGCGGGGGGCCCUCGGAGGCACCGCGGGAGCCCGCUGGCUGGCCGGCCAGGAAGCGCAGCCUGUCGGUGUCCUCGGAGGAGGAGGAGCCGGACGACGGCUGGAAGGCGCCUGCCUGCUUCUGCCCAGACUCGCACGGCCCUAAGGAGCCGGGCCCCAAGCACCACCCCCCCAUCCCUUUUCCUUGCCUGGGUACCCCCAAGGGCAGCGGAGGCGCGGGGCCGGCGGGCUCGGAGCGCACGCCUUUUCUCUCUCCUUCGCACCCGGACUUUAAGGAAGAGAAAGAGAGGCUUUUGCCCGCAGGCUCGCCCUCGCCAGGGUCGGAGCGGCCGAGGGACGGCGGCGCCGAAAGGCAGGCGGGGGCGGCCAAGAAGAAGACGCGCACUGUCUUCUCGCGCAGUCAGGUAUACCAGCUGGAGUCCACCUUCGACAUGAAGCGCUACCUGAGCAGCUCCGAGCGCGCCUGCCUGGCCUCCAGCCUGCAGCUCACCGAGACCCAGGUCAAGACUUGGUUCCAGAACCGCCGCAACAAGUGGAAGCGGCAGCUCUCGGCCGAGCUGGAGGCGGCCAACAUGGCGCACGCGUCGGCGCAGACUCUGGUGGGCAUGCCGCUGGUGUUCCGGGACAGCUCUCUGCUGCGCGUGCCGGUGCCCCGCUCCCUGGCCUUCCCCGCGCCGCUCUACUACCCCGGCAGCAACCUCUCGGCCUUACCCCUCUACAACCUCUACAACAAGCUCGACUACUGA